UCCUCAGGCUCGGCAGAGUUACGGAGCAGGAGGGCAGUGAAGCCGGAGAGGCGGACCGAUGACAGCUGUCACUGCGGACUAAAACACCUCCAGUCCCUGACAACAGGCCGUAUGGCUCUCCGCUGAUCCUCCGGGAGAGAGAGGACAGCGCUCGGGCAGUAACCCGGGUUAUUUAGAGGUAUCUACACUCAGGUGUGUCUUGUGGAUAUUUUGUGGAUCAGUGGUCGCUGGAGGAGCAGUAGAGAUGGGGACUCAGGGCUCAGGCAGGAAACGAGCUCCUGUGAAAGAUCGAUUCUCCGCCGAGGACGAAGCUCUGAGCAGCAUCGCCCGAGAGGCGGAGGCGAGGCUUGCGGCGAAGAGGGCGGCUCGUGCAGAGGCAAGAGAUAUUCGAAUGAGGGAACUGGAGCGACAGCAGAAAGAGCUGGACGACAAAUGUGAUAAACAGUAUUCAGACUUCAGCCGGCCGUCGUCUCGCUGUGCGACGCCCGGCCUCUCAGCAGCCACUCUGGCGUCUCUUGGCGGCACGUCGUCACGUCGUGGCAGCACAGACACAGGCAGCAUCUACGACCCCGACACCAGCCUGAGCGAGCUGAGGGACAUCUAUGAGCUAAAGGACCAGAUUCAGGAUGUAGAGGGGCGCUACAUGCAGGGGCUCAAAGAGCUGAAGGAGUCCCUGGUGGAGGUGGAGGAGAAAUAUAAGAAAGCGAUGGUGUCUAACGCUCAACUGGACAACGACAAAGGAAACCUGAUCUACCAGGUGGACACGUUGAAGGACGUGAUCGAGGAGAUGGAGGAGACGACGGCGGAGAUGAAGAGAGAGCUGGAGGAAAAAACUAAGGAGCUGGAGCGGCAGAAGCACACCUGUUCGGUUCUGCAGCACAAACAGGAAGAACUGAAGGAGGGGAUCAGACAGAGAGACGAGCUCAUAGAGAAACAUGGACUUGUCAUUAUCCCAGAUGGGACUCCAAACGGAGACAUGGAUCUCGAGUGUCCGUCCUCAGGUAUUACGGUGGUCUCUCAGGAGGCCGCCCAGGUGCUGGAGUCUGCAGGGGAGGGUCCUUUAGAUGUGCGGCUUCGUAAGCUGGCGGAGGAGAAGGACGAGCUGCUGUCUCAGAUCAGGAAGUUGAAGAAUCAGAUGGAGGAUGAGAGACAGAAACAGUCGAAGACAGACGGUGCGUUCACUGAUGGGGAGAGAGUGGAGAACGGUACAGACCUUCACUUCAUCGAGAUGCAAAGAGACGCUAACAGACAGAUCAGUGAAUACAAAUUCAAAAUCUCUAAAGCAGAACAGGAAAUGGGUACGAUGGAACAAAAUAUCAACAGACUUGAAGGUCAGGUGAGUCGUUACAAAGCUGCUGCAGAUAAUUCUGAACGAGUGGAGGACGAACUGAAGGUGGAGAAACGUAAACUACAGAGAGAGCUGCGUACGGCUCUGGAUAAGGUGGAGGAGAUGGAGAUGACCAAUAACCACCUGGUGAAGCGUUUGGAGAAGAUGAAGGCCAAUAGGAACGCUCUGCUGUCUCAGCAGUGAGCGGCGUCUUCUCACCAUCAAGCCUUUAAAUCUCCUCCCACUGCCAAACUGCGUCUGCAGCAACUCUAAGCGCAAACACUCGGACAUUAGUAACCUCUAAAAGUAGCAGAAGAGCACGCGCGUGUUCACCAUAGGGAGAGAGGCGAGGACAUUUCACUACGUAAUCUGUCAUGUUUAAUUCUCUGCUCGGGGGCGGGGCUUUGUUUUGUUUUGAUAAGUUGCAUGAAUGAGUAAAAAGCUUUUAAAGCGUGACGGCUGCUCCGCUCUUUCCUCACAGUGAAGUGCCUUUUACACGAGCUGACGAUUCUCUAAAAGGUUUCAAAUAUUUAAAGAUUUCUGCUCAAUAAAAGUGUGAUUUACA